UGUUUUAAUACGUGUUUCAGGCUUCUUGCCUGAAAUAUGUGUCUUGAGAUUUUUGUUUUGUUCCGUCUGUAGCAAUGGCUUCAGGAACAGCGCUGAUUUACGAUGAGGAGAUGACCACUCAUAAACUGCUUUGGACCGAUCCUAUUUGUGAUAUUGAAGUGCCAGAAAGACUGACAUCCUCCUAUGAGCAGCUUAAACAUUACCGUCUUUUGGAAAGAUGUGUCCAUGUGCCUGCCAGAGAAGGAAGCGAGGAGGAGAUCCUGUUGGUUCACAGUUCAGAACACUUGGAAGUGGCGAAAAGCACCCGAACAAUGAAUGAAGAGGAGCUGAAGAGAGUCUCUGGAAAUUACGAUGCUUUUUUCUUUCAUCCGAACACUUAUAGCUGUGCCAGACUAGCAGUAGGAGCAACUUUGCAGCUGGUGGACACUGUGAUGUCAGGAAAAGCAUGCAAUGGAAUGGCAUUAGUAAGACCUCCAGGUCACCACAGCCAGAGAAACGCAGCUAAUGGCUUCUGUUUGUUCAACAAUGUUGCUAUUGCAGCAGAAUACGCAAAGCUGAAAUACGGCCUGCAGAGAAUCCUUAUUGUUGACUGGGAUGUGCACCAUGGGCAAGGAACUCAAUAUAUAUUUGAAGAGGAUCCAAGUGUUUUGUAUUUCUCCUGGCAUCGCUAUGAACAUCAAGAAUUCUGGCCAUCACUCAAAGAAUCUGAUUAUGAUGCUGUGGGUCUGGGAAAAGGAAAAGGUUUUAACAUAAAUUUACCUUGGAAUAAGGUUGGAAUGGGAAAUUCAGAUUAUCUUGCUGCGUUUUUCCAUGUGUUGCUUCCAGUGGCUUUUGAGUUUGAUCCUGAACUGGUUCUUGUCUCCUCUGGAUACGAUUCUGGGAUUGGAGACCCUGAAGGUCAGAUGAAUGCCACUCCUGAGGUUUUUGCCCACCUUACCCGUUUCCUGAUGCAGUUAGCUAAUGGAAAGCUGUGUGUCAUCCUAGAGGGUGGAUACCACUUAAAGUCAUUGUCUGAAUCAGUCUGCAUGACUGUAAAAACUUUGCUUGGAGAUCCAGUACCUCAAAUAACUGGAGAAAUGGCACCUUGCCUAAGUGCUAUUGAAUCUAUUCAAAAUGUGAGAGCAGCACAUAAACCCUACUGGAAAUGGUUGAAGUAUGAAGUGCCUCCAAUCAAAACAGCAACAACAACUCACUCUAAAGGUUCAACACACUUGCUCCCUGUACCCGUUCAUUUGGUGAAGGCAGUGGACAAAACCGAAAUGAAAGCUCUUGUCAGUGGCUUUUAUGCAGACCUUGUGAAAGAUGACAGAACUUUGCUCUCUCUUGGCAGUAUGUUGGCCAUCCUAGAUAAAAUACUUAAGAAGGAGGCAUGCAAUGGAAUUGCAGAAUCACCCACAGCUGCUGUUUCUGUGGCUGUUGCACUAGGACAUUCUGUUCAUUUUGGAUUGCAGAGAGUGCUUUGUAUAUUUGUUGGAGACAUGCAAAUCAUGCCGAACACAGAAGAUGGAAAAGUACUAAUUAUACAUAUUUGUGAGAAAGAAGAGUCUGGGAAGACCAGCUCCAAACACUUUAUUUCUCUAAACUGGAAAGCGGAUGCUGAAGGAAAUGACUUCUUUUCUGCUGUACUUGGAUUCAUUCUUCCUGUAGCGUAUAGUUAUCAACCUAACUUGACAGUAAUAGCUGUUGGACCAAACAGGAGCCUUGGAAUAAGUGAAAUCUCUCUGCUUUUUGCUUUACUACAAGGAUUAGCCGAGUCUCGAAUUUUUGCAGUGAUAGAGGACACAGAGAUAAAUUUAAUGCAAAACGUAGCCAAAGCAUUAGUGGGUGCUUCUGCGCCUCACUUUGGAGUUUAUGUACCUCCUACUCAAGAAAAGGUAAAUAAAAUAAAAUUAUUAAGAGACCAAAGAAGCAAUGAUAAAGGUGGGCAUCUUUUUCUGAAGGAAAAUGCCCUGCUCUCUUUCAGACGAAAUCGUCAAGAGCAGCAGUCUGGUUCCAAUGAAAAUGUUCUUAUGGGGUUGGGAAUUGUG